GAGCUUCGUGAAGGAGGCGGAGGAUAUCGGAGCCAGUCGCCGGAUGAACAGCCUGACGCUGAACCGUCACACUGAGAUUCUGGAGAUCCUGGAGAUCCCGCAGCUCAUGGACACCUGCGUCCGAAACGGAUACUACGAGGAGGCUCUGGAGCUGGCGGCGUACGUCAAGAGGCUGGAGAAGAAACACUCCUCGCUCCCGGUCAUUCAGGGGAUCGUGCGUGAAGUGCGUCAGUCGACUCAGCUGAUGCUCAACCAGCUGUUGCAGCAGCUGCGCAGCAACUCGCAGCUUCCCGUCUGCCUUCGAGUGAUUGGUUACCUGCGGAGGAUGGACGUGUUCACGGAGGCGGAGCUAAGGGUGAAAUUCCUCCAGGCCCGCAGCACCUGGCUGAACUCCAUCCUCGCCGCCAUCCCUGAAGACGACGCCUACUUCCACAUCACCAAAACCAUCGAAGCGUGCAGGGUCCACCUCUUUGACAUCAUCACCCAGUACCGGGCCAUCUUCUCUGACGAGGACCCGCUGGUUCCCCCCCUCAGUGGGCAGGUGGUGGUGAACGAGGGGGCCAUCUUCCACGGCUGGGUGGUGCAGAAGGUGGCGGAGUUCCUGGAGACCUUAGACAGGGACCUGCAGCGGGGCGUGGGGGGUCGCCUGGAUUCUCUGCUGGGUCAGUGCAUGUACUUUGGGCUGUCCUUCAGUAGGGUGGGGGCUGAUUUUCGCGGGCAGCUAGCGCCCAUGUUCCAGCGGGUGGCGGUGGAGACGUUCAGCAGAGCCGCGCAGGAGGCCGUGGACAAGUUCCAGGAGGACAUGAACCUGUACACGCUGAUCGCCCUGCCGUCAGUGCUGGGAGGGACCAUCCCCCCCGUGACCCCCAGCAUUCAGCCCGGCACCCUGCAGCCCCCCAUGUCCCUGCUGGACUUUCAGCCGUUGGCCUGCUUCCUCAACAACAUUCUGACCGCCUUCAACGACCUCCGGCUCUGCUGCCCUGUCGGCCUGGCCCAGGACGUCACCAGCUGUCUGGAAGACGCUCUGCAGAAGGUGACUCGUCAGAUCUUGGUGUUUCAUCGGGCCGAAGAGUCGGCGUUCAGCAGCCGAGAGAAGGAGCUGUUUGUCCAGUUCUGCUGCUCGUACGCUGAAGAUCUGCUGCCGUUCCUCAACCGGUGUCUGCAGCUCCUGUUUCCUCCGGCUCAGGUCGCUCUCAUCCUGGGUGUUCCUCCGACUCAGCUGCACAGGUACGACAGUCUGGGCUGCAUCGACUUCACCGCAGUCCUCGAGCCUCUGGACUUUUUGCUUCCACAGAAAGAGACUCUGGCUCCGCCACCGGCGCCCGACGACGAUCUCGCCACCGAGCUGAGCAGCCUGGCGUUUGAGACGCCGCUCAAAGAACCGGGAACAGAUCUCGAACAGACGCUGACGCAGUCGAGUCCUGGAGACCCAGAGUCUGAGGCCGCUGCUGAAGUGACAGAGCCGAAGUCCGAGGGUGGAGACGAAGAGACAGCGCUGGACGAAGAGUUUUCUUUAGAGUAAACAACGAGAAUCUGAUGAUGAGUCAGGACUCGGGUGGAAGAAUCAUUCUGGACGGUGGUGAUGGUCACUAAACUAAAUGAUAAGAAACUUUUAUAUAACGUUCUCUUGAAAGAGAAAGAUUCAGAAUCAGCUGAUUUAUUGGUGGUGGUAUCUGUUGACGUCAGACUUGAGCUUCACCCUUCAAUAAAAUCACCAAACCUUCU